GCCGAAGAUGGCGGCGCGGAGCCGAGGCCCGUGAGGCGCGGGCGGAGCUGCGGCCGCUCCGGGCGGGACCGGCCCCGGCCCCGCGGGCUCCGAGCGCUCCCGCCGGCCAUGACCGGCGAGAAGCUCCGCUCGCUGCGCAGGGACCACAAGCCCAGCAAGGAGGACGGGGACCUGCUGGCGGCCGGCGAGGACGAGGCGGCCGCGGCGCCCGGGGGCGCCUUCACGGGCGGGAAGGGCGGGCGGGCCGGGGGGCACCGCGGGCCCGGCGCGCACCGGCACCGCCCGCCGGCCCGGGCCGCCCCCGCCGGGCCCGAGCGCGGCCCCUUCCCCGUGCACGAGUGCGUGUUCAAGGGGGACGUGCGGCGGCUCUCGGCGCUCAUCCGCACCCAGGGCAUCGCCCAGAAGGACAGUCACGGAAACACUCCUUUACAUCUUGCUGUGAUGUUGGGACAUAAAGAAUGUGCCCACCUGCUUUUAGCCCAUAACGCUCCAGUAAAGGUGAAAAACGCUCAGGGAUGGAGCCCUCUGGCCGAAGCCAUCAGCUAUGGAGACAGACAGAUGAUUUCAGCACUCCUGAGGAAGCUCAAGCAGCAGUCCAGGGAAAGUGUUGAAGAGAAGCGACCUCGGUUAUUAAAAGCCCUGAAAGAGCUAGGUGACUUCUAUCUAGAGCUUCACUGGGAUUUUCAAAGUUGGGUGCCUUUACUUUCCCGAAUUCUGCCUUCUGAUGCAUGUAAAAUACACAAACAAGGUAUAAAUAUCAGGCUGGACACAACUCUGAUAGACUUUACUGACAUGAAGUGCCAACGAGGGGAUUUAAGCUUCAUUUUUAACGGUGACGCCGCACCCUCCGAAUCUUUUGUAGUUUUAGACAAUGAGCAAAAAGUUUACCAGCGAAUACACCACGAGGAAUCUGAGAUGGAGACAGAAGAGGAGGUUGACAUUUUGAUGAGCAGUGAUAUUUACUCUGCCACCUUAUCCACCAAAUCCAUCACGUUCACACGGGCCCAGACGGGGUGGCUCUUCAGGGAGGACAAAACUGAAAGAGUAGGAAACUUCCUGGCAGAUUUCUACUUGGUGAAUGGACUUGUGUUGGAAUCCAGGAAAAGAAGGGAACAUCUCAGUGAGGAGGACAUCCUUCGGAAUAAAGCGAUCAUGGAGAGCCUGAGCAAAGGGGGAAACCUCAUGGAGCAGAAUUUCGAGCCCGUGCGCCGGCAGUCGCUGACGCCGCCGUCCCCCAACACCAUCUCCUGGGAGGAGUACAUCUCUGCAGAGAGUGGCAAAGCUCCUCACCUGGGCAGGGAGCUGGUCUGCAAGGAGAGCAAGAAAACCUUCAAAGCCACGAUAGCAAUGAGCCAGGAAUUCCCCUUAGGAAUCGAAUCGUUGUUGAAUGUCUUAGAAGUCAUUGCACCCUUCAAGCACUUUAACAAACUUAGAGAAUUUGUUCAAAUGAAGCUUCCACCAGGCUUUCCUGUCAAAUUAGACAUCCCGGUGUUCCCCACCAUCACGGCCACUGUGACCUUCCAGGAGUUCCGUUAUGACGAGUUCCACGACUCCAUCUUCACCAUUCCCGACGACUACAAGGAGGAUCCCAGCCGCUUCCCGGACCUCUGAGGGGCUGGGAGCUCCUGGGAAGGGCCAGCCCGGCACCCCAGGGCCAGGGAACGGCUGCACCCACAGCAGGGCAGAGCCGUGGGGCACAGCAAGGGAUGAACUCGUGAGGGAGCAGCAGUGUGGAUGUGCUGGCACUGCCCUGGGCAUCCAGCCCCUCCAGCUCCAGCUUCCCAGAGCCUCCUGCUGCCAUCCCCUUUGGCACAGCCACUCCUGGCUUGGGAGCUGCCACCCCCAGCUGGGAGGAGCUGCUGGUUUUUAAAUUUUCUACAUUUGUGGUGAUCCACGAGGCACUGCUGGACCUUGGCACCGAGCUGGGCUGGGGGCAAGGUGAGCUCCCCUGUCCUUGCCGUGCUCCCUGUUCCCUGAGCUCCCAGCUCAGGCACAGAAUGUUGGAAGGUAUCCUGAAGGAAUGCCUUGGCUGUAGAUGAAUGAACCAAACGGGCACCACUGGCACUUGGAUUUCCUCCUGUGCCCCAGGCAGAGCCGGCUGCACUCUGCAGGGAGAGAGGCACCUCCCGCUGCUGGCCCUGCCUGAUCCCUCAUUCCCCCAAAGCUCCCUGCUCUCUGCUCCCUGGGGAGCACUCCAGGGCUGCCUGGCCAGGAAUGGCACUUGGUAAUCUUUUAUUUCACCUCACUGGGGAGAGGUGUCCCAGAAAGGCCGAGCACCACCAGGUCAGCUGGUGAGAGCUGGGAAAUGUCGGGCAUUGCCCCUUUCCUGCAGGAGGAGCUUUCCCUGGGGGCCACUGUGGUGCUCAGCUUUCACUGGGGUGUUCCCACGUUCAGUUCCUGCCUCUGGGUGUUUAAAUCACAGAGAAUCCCAGACUGGUUUGGGGUGGGGGGACCUUAAAGAUCAUCUUGUCCAGCCCCCCUUCAUGGGUGGUUCAGUACUUCAGCUCCUCAAGCUUAUUCCCAUUCCCAGUUGUUCCAGUCUCCUCAUCUAACAAUAAUCCACCUUUUUGGGGUUUGUUAGGCAAGAUUUGUGCAGAAGGCUGAUGGUGCUAUUUGCUUGUAUGAAGAAAUUUAGAUUCAAGUGCUGUGGUGUCAUUGUACAAAAAUGUAAAUAUUUUCCAAAUUAUAUUCUUUGUGCACUGUAGGUAAAACUUUUCUGGAAUUCCAUAGAGUUAAGGAUCAAAGUUUAUAAAGAAGAGGAUCAUUGAUGCUCAGUGGAGGGAACAGCUGUGCUGAGCAUGAGGGACAAGGGAGGGGCUCAGCACAGGGCAAGGUGUCAGGCACACCUGAGAGCAGGGAAUUCCAAACUGCUGGAAUCUCUGGUCCAUCCCAAAGAGGCUGCUCUGGGGAAGGACGUGGAGGAGACCCAGGGAAUCUGUCAGCAAAGUCCAGGAGCACUGGAGUGGGACAGGGGUUGGUCCUUUCCCAGCAGCUCUGGGAACAGGGAAGCGCUGGGACAGGGGAGCAGUGCAGCUUUGUUGUUAAUUCAAACUCAAAUCCAAAAUGAAACUUUAGGGAAAACAAGCAAAGGGAAAUGACUCGUGCCAGUGCCGUGUCAGGGCAGGUGUGGAGCAUCCUCUGGGAAUGAUGGAACUUGUUCUCCCAAGUGAGGAUGAAUUCCUGACGUGUUUCACACCUCUGGGAUGAACUGACACCGUCUGUGCUGCUCCUGGGAGCCAGGUGGGCUCCUCUGGGACAGACUGGGGAUGUCUAUGGGGCUGAGCUGGGGCUUGGAUCAGUGCCUGUGGGGCAGCGCAGGGCUCUGUCCCCUCCCAGGGGUCCCCUGUCCCCUCCCGGGGUCCCUUUGGGAUGUUUGUGUAGCUGCAGGACCUGGGCCAGGUGCCCAUUCCUUGGGAAUUCAGUGAAGGCGAGAGGUUCCUCCCCGAGGUGAAUGUCAGAGCUCCCUGUGCUCAGUGGUGCAGGGAGGAUCUGUGGGUUUUUCUUUUUAUUUUUGGUCAUCCCAAAUUCAUCCCUGGCUCCACGGAAGCAUCACUGGGGCUGUGGGGCCUGGGCAGUGCAGCCACUGCUGGAUCCCAGGGUGGAUCCUGGGCUUGGAACUGGAAAACAAAAAGGGUUUUGAGCGGCCUCCUGUGGGAUGGAGGCUCCUGUGGCUCUGUCCCCUCUGGACAGAGCUGCGGGGUGUCUGCCCAAAGCCCAGGGCAGGUCCUGGAAGUGUUUCCCGUGGUUCCUGUGGCCUCUGGCCCCACACCUGGGCGAUUUUCACCCCCAGGACACGGCUGCUCCCUGGGACACUUCCAGGGCUGCUCCUAAGGCUUGUCCUGCCUCGGAGUGUGGGCACAGCAGCUUUGGGGCUGUCCUUGUUCUGGGUUACCCCAGGAAAUCCUGGCUGCUCCUGCUCUCCCUGUGGAGCUGAGGGAUGGGAAUUCCCUGGGUUGUUCCUCAGCUCCCAGGGCAGCCCCAUGGGCUCGUGGUGCUGCUCUCAGUACUUUUCCCUCCUCCUGGGAUGUGUUUCCUGUCUGAACAUUCCAGGUGAGGAGUUCUCACACGUAGGGACACCUGGGCAUUUCUGAUGGGUGCACUGCAGGAAUUCUCAGUCCGGGACUCUGGGCUGAGCCUGUGGAUCCCGAGGGCUGCCCACAUUGAGAUCCAUGUUUAUAUCCAUGUUUUCUCCACUAAAGCCUGUUUUUGUCACUGGGUUGUGUUGCAUGGACACAGGGAACGUUUGUGGGCCUGGAUGUGUCUGCGGGGUGUUCCCAGCCCCAGCCUGGGGCACAGGAUCCCUCCCCUCUCCCCUGGCUCUGGGAAAUCCCUUUUCCAAGCAGCAUUGAUCCAGCAGAGCCUCACCUCGGCCUUUCCCGUUUUCCUGGAGGCCAGGCCAGGUGUAGCAGGAGGGUUUGUUCCCUGGGAGUGAGCACAGAUCCAUGGAUGGUGUCCGUGCAGCAGCUCCAGCUGAUCCCUGUGCCCUGGGCAUGUCGGGGGGACCGGGAGCAGCCCAGGACACCCCAGCUGGAGUCGGGGUCCAGGGCUGGAGGAGAAGGGAGCUGGGCCAGGCUGGUGGGAAUCCCAUCCUGCUGCUCCUGGGGGGUCAGGGCUGGGGCUCCCCUCCCACCACUUCUUUUUUUCCUGAGGUUUUUUAUGGCUCUUAAAAGACAACCAGGAACUUUGCUCAACCCAAUUCCGACCUCACUGCGGAAGGAUCCCGCGGUUGUUUCUGAACCAAACUGUUCCUCUGGUCUUCCAAGCUCCUGCUCUGGCCCGUGGCAAAGGGAACACCCUGGAUUUCCUCCCCGGAGCUGCUGUCCAGGCACUGCACUCCCAGCACAGCAAUUCCCCGUUCCUGCGGUCAGUCCGUUCGUCCUGCCCCCACGUGUUUGUGCUGGAAUCCCCCCGGAUCCCCUUGGUAUCCCCAGCCACCCUCUGUCAUUUCACGUCUCUGCUCCUGAGCUGUAAUUCCCGCCAGGAGAACUGCGUUAUUUAAUCCGGAUUAACCAAUUCCUGUAAUGCUGCAGUUUCACUUUUCUUUUCCUGACAGUUUGUAACUCCCAUGGAAAACGAGUCACCUCUCUUGGUUUUCCUGUUGUCCGCUCCCCGAUUUUCCCUUCCCUUCACUCAUAGUCACUUUGGGUUGUAUCAUUUGUUAGAAUAAAGACCAAACUAUGCUGUUGGAUUUGGAAACUGCUCCACCUGUGCAAUCCAGGCUUCCCUCUCCUGUCCCGCCGGGCUCUGCUGCGGGAGCGGGACCGGAGGGGAGGGAACGAGCUCCUGCUGCUGCGUUCUGCAAGGGCAUUUUCUUGGUCAUUUUUUAAAUAAAAUCCUGCAUUUUCAUUACA